AUGGAUAACACCGGCGACAUUGAAAACUCUCGGCCGAUAAACGGCCGAGCAACGCUGCUAGCACGGUGUUCGAUCACUAUUUUGAUUCUACUUCUGCUAGCAAUCAUUUCGUUUAGCCUCAUAUUAUGGCUAAUAUUCAGUCCCCGCCUGCCGGAAUUUAACGUCGAAUCCCUCUCUGUAUCAAAUGCCAACGUUUCAAUGGAGUUCACAGUGAAGAAUCCAAACCGGAAAAUAAACCUCUGGUUUUCUGGUUUUGACGUUGUACUGUUACAUGAAAAUUGCGAGAUUUUGAAGGGUACUGUGAAGGUUUUUUCUCCGAGGAAGAGGAGUGAAGCAAGAAUGACGGUGAACUGGACUAACAGUGGGAAAAUGAAGAAUUUGGGCUUGGAUCUGAGCAAAAAAGAAGUGGAUUUUGAUGUGAAAAUGAAUGGAACGGCUUGCUUUAAAGCUGGGAAAUGGAUGAACGAGAAAAAAUCAGUGCAAGUUCUGUGCAAGAAUUUGAAAACAGGAGACAGUGCAGAAGCUGAUGGUUGUGUUUCUUCUUGA